UUUUUUUUUUUUUUUUUUUUUAAAUGUAUUUAUUGCUUCUGGCUGAGUGUCAGACUCCAGCGUUAUGGCUUGAAGCCAAUUUUGUACACUUGUGAGGAUGAACCGAUCAUUGAGUUUACGAUUAUCUCGCAGGAAUGGACAUAAUAUCUACAGCUAUGCGGUGGACGCCGGGACGAUUCCUGCCAAGGCCAAGAAGGGGAGGACGAAAGCCAAGCUGGGGAGCAGGAAAGCAUUCAGUUUGGAGGAGAAUCAGCUGGAGAUGCAGCAGCAGACCAAGAGCCUGAGCCAGCAGGUCCUGCCCAGGUCUCACACUCUUGAUGUCGACAGACCUUUGGAUCGAAGCGACAGCCUCAACUCGAGAAGUAGUUUUAUGAAGCACAACAAAACAUUCCACAAACUCUUCCCAGAAAUCCCCGAGACACAAGAUGUGUUUGCAGCUUACAUCUGUGCGCUGCAGAAGGAAGUGCCUUACCACGGCCGUCUGUACAUCAGCGACAGCAGCCUGUGCUUCUUCUCCUCUGUGCUGCUCAAAGACACCAAGGUGAUCGUUCCCGUCGCCAGUGUGACCGUCCUGAAGAAACAGAACACAGCGCUGCUCGUGCCAAACGCUAUCUCUGUCCGGACCACAGACGGAGAGAAGUAUUUAUUCGUGUCUCUGCGGAACAGAGAAGGCUGCUACAAGCUGCUGCGAGCCGUCUGUCCUCAGCUGGAGGACGGAAGUGCCAACAGCAGCCCUCUCCUGUCAUCAGCGGAGAACAGCUUCGAUCAGGCCAAGCUGGUGAACUCCAGCCAGUCCAGUCUGGACGACUCGUACGAUGUUCCUCCUGCGGUCGAUCUGUCUGCGUCUCGACUCACUCCAGAAAACACUACGAUUAGAAGCCCGUCUGCGACUCGCGGCUCACCGCAGACGCCAGACGAGAGCUUGAGUGAGGAAUACAGGGGAAGCUCGUGGGUUUGGAACGUGACGGAUCGAGCACGAUCUCUCCUCAUCCAAAGAGAAAUCAGCAACCUCAACACUCUGCUGCUCGUCUACUUGAUCCUGGUGUUUCUGCUCUUGUUGUCGUCUGGCUAUAUCGGCCUGCGUAUCGUGGCCUUAGAAGAGCAGUUGACGUCUCUCGGAGCGCUUCCCGAAUUCACCUUGCAAAGCGGGUACAAAGAAACGUAAGAGAUCUCCAUCCAUCAGAACUUUGGAAAGAGCCACCAAAAACCCUUUUUAAAGAUCCACUAGCCGCAGCAGGGAAUGCUGGGAAGGACCUUUGUUUGCAUAUGCACCAAUCACCAACUCUGUGUGUCUUUGCCAAGAAGAUAACCACCAAAGGGCACGUGCUUACAAGACGCCAGUGUUGACGAGACGUGGGCAUGUCUUUGCUCGCAGCCGUUCGGUCUGUGUUAGCGCUGCAGCGACUCGCCCAAAAAUAGCCAAAGACAACAGGUUUUGGAGUACUGUCAAAGACAACAAAAACAAACUGCUUCUGUGGAAAGAAUUUCAUGUUAUUACUCAUUGCACCGCCAUCGUUUCACCACUUUUCUACCAUCAAAAAAAAUCAUUUUUAUCUUCUUCCUUUGACUAUCUUCUUCAUCAGUCUUUCGGUUUCUUUCUUCCUCUGAAGAUUUUUGGUACAAGGGUUGCGAUGUUACUGUACAACGCUUACUCAUUGCAGCGCAUUUGUACCACUUUUACGAUCAUCAAAAAUAGAGCAAUUAACUUUGUCAUAUAAGGUUUUGCGCUAUUACUGAUUUCGGUUUAAUGAAAAAAAUGGCGAGCUAGCCAACUCUUACUCAUUACAGCACAAGUGUUUGUCCAUCAAAAAAUGUCACAAAUAACAUUCAUCCAUUUUUCGUCCAACUUUCGUCCCAGGUUCCCUAUUUUUGAUGGCUAGCGUUAUCAAAAAAAAAAAAAAUUUUGUAUAAGGGGUUGUGAUUAUUCCUGGUUUAAUUUUAACGCUAAAAAAUAGCUAAGCUAGCUAGCCAACCCAUACUCAUUGUAGCGCCUUCAUUUGACAACUUAUGACCAUCGAAAAAAAUUAUGAAUAACAAUGUUGUAUAAGGGGUUGCGAUAUUACUGGUUUUGGUAAUAUCGUAUGGUACUGGUCUUAGUAUUAUUGUAUGUACAGUCUAUGCACAAGAAAUGUUCAGAUCAGGUAUUUAAUAAGUUUUUGUAACAUUUCUUGUCUUUUUAUACUUUAAGGAGACGAAGUAGUCGACAUGUUCCGAAUGAAAAAAAAAAAAAAAAGAUUGUAUUGUGCAAGAAGAGAUGGAUGUGGUAUUGUUAAACGUCUGAUUUGCGGCUCAAGCCAAGCAUGCAUGUUUGCGCAAACCCAAAUGGAGCAUUUCCAUUCAGGACUCCUAACGAGACGAAUAGCGAUACUUGACGAAAAUGACGUGGUCCAAAAUAUGCAUGAUUUUUGUGUGUGUACGUGUGUUCGUAAAUGUUGCAAUAUGUUCAAGUGAUGAAAGACGUGUAACCAUUCGAGUGCACUUUAAAGUGUGGGGACGCUAUAUUGAGGGUCUGGGACAUUGGAUGGUGCUAAGAACCUCUCACUCAGGGCUGGGACUGACUCGCAGUGCAUCAUGGGAUUGCUGCUCCUCAGUUUUGGUAUCUUGGUCAUCUGCUGGCGGACUCACUCUGCUGGUUUUCAGUCCGCAGGUGCUGGUGGAAUAAACAUGGAUGGACUGCAGAUUUCCUGGGAAUUUCUUGUGCGAAUGAAUGCAUGCAUUUUUUUUUUCCCCUCAAAUGGAGAUUCCUUGUGUGACUGAUCCAUGCAAAUGAAUUUACACAACAUUUCAUCUAGUCGCCAGGCCUCAAAGUCCCCUGAAUGACUGUCUAAUAACCACAAUGCAAGAAUCCCAACUUUAAUAAUUGGUUUAUAUUGCACUAUUGAAGUGUUAUUGUUUUUGUAUCGAUAUGUGGGUAAACACCUUGUUUGGUCUAUUUAUUGCCUAAUGUGUAAUUCAAAGUAGUCUCUGUGAGACUGGCUUUGGCAUUGUUUGAAUAAAUCAAGUGCUAAGGAAA